UCCCGUUCCCUCAAUCAGACUUCCCAUCAAGAUGCUUCUCUCUCCUUUCUUCAUCUUUUUUAAUCUUAAAACUUGAGCUAAAUUCCAACAAAACCGAAACCCUAAUUCGCUAAUCGCUUUGCUUUUUUCCAUUUCCAAAUUCUAGCCUUGGUUUCAUCACUUUUUCAUUCACCUUACUCCAACACUCACAAAAAAAUGAAGAGAAAUCACCGGGAAAUCUCGGGAACCACUGACUAUAGUUGUGGGAGUGGCUCAAGGGCUGACAGUUCAAGCAUUGGUAAUUGUAUCAAAGAAAAAUUAUGGGAAGAAGAUCAUGAUGCCGGCGGGAUGGACGAGCUAUUGGCCGUUUUGGGUUACAAAGUUCGGUCCUCGGACAUGGCCGAUGUGGCUCAGAAAUUGGAAAUGUUGGAGAUGGUUAUGGGAAUUGCCCAAGAAGAUGGGAUUUCUCAUCUUUCUUCCGACACCGUUCAUUACAAUCCUUCGGAUCUUUCCGGUUGGGUUCAAAGCAUGUUGACCGAGUUAAAUGGUCCGCCAACACCGAAUCUCGAUCCCGUUUUGGUGAAUUCCGAUCCCACUUCUUCAAAUCCACAACACCAGAAACAGAAUCAAUCUCGGGUUUUUAACGAUGAUUCCGAGUACGAUCUCAGGGCAAUCCCGGGGGUUGCUGCUUACCCACCUUCGAAUUCAGAACCAGAUUCGGAAAGUACCCGGAAACGGGUCAAAACUUCAAUGAGUUCAUCUGGAUCCGAUGGAUAUGGUUCGGACUCAUUUUUUCCGUCACCUCAAGAAAAUGGAAUUCCAGGUGCUGUAACUGAGUUUUCAACUCGCCCUGUCGUCUUGAUUGAUUCGCAGGAAACCGGGGUUCGACUCGUUCACACCUUGAUGGCUUCUGCGGAGGCUGUCCAACAAGAUAAUCUGAAGCUCGCCGAUGCAUUAGUCAAGCACAUAGGCUUACUUGCCGCGUCUCAAACCGGUGCCAUGAGAAAAGUAGCUACCUAUUUUGCCGAAGCCUUAGCUCGCAGAAUCUACAGGAUUUUCCCGCAAGAUUCUCUCGACCCUUCAUACACUGAUAUUCUGCUGAUGCAUUUCUAUGAAACUUGCCCGUACUUGAAAUUCGCUCAUUUUACGGCCAAUCAAGCUAUCCUGGAAGCUUUCGCGACGGCUAACAGAGUUCAUGUUAUUGAUUUCGGGCUAAAACAGGGGAUGCAAUGGCCGGCUUUAAUGCAAGCUCUUGCAUUAAGGCCUGGUGGGCCGCCCGCUUUUCGAUUGACCGGAAUCGGCCCGCCUCAUCCGGGUAACACUGAUGCUUUGCAGCAAGUGGGGUGGAAAUUAGCUCAAUUGGCGGAAACAAUUGGUAUCGAAUUUGAGUUUAGGGGUUUCGUAGUCAAUAGUUUGGCGGAUAUGGAGGCUGAGAUGCUUGAGAUUCGCCCUCUCGAGGUGGAGGUAGUGGCGGUGAAUUCGGUUUUCGAGCUUCACCGCCUGCUUGCUCGGCCCGGUUGGUUGGACAAAGUUGUUUCUUCCAUCAAAGCAAUGAAGCCCAAAAUUCUUACUGUUGUAGAACAAGAAGCUAAUCACAAUGGUCCAAUUUUCUUAGACAGGUUUACUGAGGCUCUACAUUUUUAUUCAAGUCUUUUUGACUCGUUGGAAGGCUCAGGGGUGACGCCAUCGAGUCAAGACCUAGCUAUGUCCGAGUUGUAUUUGGGAAGGCAGAUUUGUAAUGUGGUUGCUUGUGAAGGGAUGGACAGAGUUGAACGACACGAACCGUUGACUCAGUGGAGGACUCGGAUGGAAACGGCCGGGUUCAGCCCCGUUCACUUGGGUUCCAAUGCAUAUAAACAAGCUAACAUGUUGUUGGCUCUCUUUGCUGGGGGUGAUGGGUAUAGAGUGGAGGAGAACAACGGAUGUUUAACGCUUGGGUGGCAUACAAGGCCACUUAUCGCCACCUCGGCUUGGCGACUCGGCACCACCGAGUCAGGACUAUGAGUCGACUCACGAACCGAGUUGGAUAAAACCGGUUGAAAGGAACAACGGGUUCUGUAUUUUAACGGAGUUGCAGUGUACCAGUGAAUGAAACGUGAGGGUAAUUUAAAAAAGAACAGUCCAAGUGUUUAAUAUACUCCUCGUUUGUAGUAAUUUUUUUCUUUUUUUGAAAAUAGGGUAGAAUUUCCUCUCCUUUUUUUAAUGGGAGCCUCUGUAAUUUUCAAGGUUGGAUCUAAUGUGAAGGCAUAUCCCUUGUUUAUUUUA